ACUCACCUGAACCGCGCAUUCCCAAAGCUCAGGGAACCGAGCCAGCCACAGCCCGCAAAACAGCCCGGCCGCGCCGCAACGAGUGCGCGCGAGGCAUGCUACCCUUUUCUACUUUUGAACCCACUACUACGCUAGCGCCAACUCGUGACCUUGUAUUUACCCGGCGACGUCUCCGGACUCCACCCGAAUGCUUGCUGCCUCGCCGCCUCUCUUCGCUCACGUCCAUGCGCGCAUUUGGAGCACUGGAAGGCGCUAUGGCAAGUGCGACUUAUCACAAGCGCACGUUCGCUCGGCCGCCGCGGCGCCGCUGUGGUUCCUGGAUGCCACCAUGGCAGCCGUGUACGCCUUCGACUACAGCGACGGAUCCACUGCUGUAGUCGGCCCCAGCGGUGACGUGGCGGCAUCGGCCGCUUUGCUGCAAUGCACACGCGCACCGCAGGCAGCAGACGUCGCCCCAGCCGACACGUUUGCUGCGUCCAGGCGCGGCGGCGCCUUUCUGGAGCUGCCGCUGGUGCGCCUGGGCAUGUUUGCGCGGAGCUGGUCGCGGGUAUUCCUAUCGGCAGUAGCGUCAGCACGGCUGCCAUGUCGCCAGCGCGGGGCUCAGUGUGCCUGUGGAGGAGCUGUUCUCACUGUCGGUACAUGUUGUGGACAUCAACGGUCUGGACGUCACGUCAGCCGCAUAUCCCUACUGUGCCACCCUGGCGGUGCGCGCGCUGCCGCCCGGCGGCCACCACAGCAACCUGACCUCCACCACCUCCAUCACCUCCACCACCAUUGCCAGCAACACUCGCGGGCGGCGACUGUGGCCCGGUGUGACCCGCUGUUCGUGAACGUGGACGCGGGUGAGGGCGGCUCCGCGGCCAAUCAGGGCCUCACGCUCAAACUGGGCCGCGGCGCGGCGGUGUGGAACCGGGUCAUCCUGCUGUCGGCGGCUGGCCGGGUCCCUACACGCUCUUCGUGAACGUGUCCGACGUGGAAUACACGGUUGAGGAGCUUCACGGUUGUGUCUGAGGUGGCCUCCUGGACCUCCUGUCGCUCCUGCGACUCGGGGCAGGUGGGGCUGCCUCUAGACCGGCGGCUGACCAACAGCGCCCUGCCUGGGUACGAGGAGGCCACAGCUGCGGGCGCGGCCAACGUGACGGCGGCGGCUACGCGGGUGGUGGCGGCGGGUGCAUGAACUGCCCCCACAUCGCCUUUUUAGUGCGUGUGAGUGCGACCCUUGGUUGGGUGGGGCUGCUCGGGCGGGGUGGAUGGCUUGCUUUGGUAUUUGUGUGAAUGUGACAUGGUACGGUGGCUAUUAUAUGGUAUAGCUGGGAAUAGAAGGUGUUGCGGGGGGUUAGUCGGUUAGCGAUUUGACAGACUAGGGAUUAGAGCCGAGCAUGAAGCGGCAAAAGGCUGGCUGGUACACGCGUGAGUCUGGCCUGUAAAGCCUGCGUGUUGCUCAGAACACAUGAAAUACGAGUGCUAAUGUGACGCUGUGUUUGUGUGAAGUUGACAGGGUAAGAAAGCUGUUUUAUGGCAUCCGUGGGAAAUGUGCAGCGGUAUGUAGAGGCCUUUUACAGGGAUAGGGGGGAUGCGGAGCCGUUAGUCGGUUAGGUGGUACGUAAUAUGUUCAAUCGCAAAUUAUGCAACCCCUCCUACUGGUAAAUGCUGGGACACCGUGCUUCCACGUACAUACGCGCACAGCCAUAUUAUGAUCAUUGCAU